CCACAAACGGACAGAGGGGAUCUCUUCGGCCCGCGCAGACCCAGAGAUGUCGGAGUCUCCGGACGCCCGCAGCCUUCUGUCUGCUUCCUCCCAGCUCAACCUGAUGGAGGUGGACGCGAUCGAUGAUAAGGAGUUUGACAUUCCCCAAGUGGACACACCUCCCACACUGGAGAGCAUCCUCAAUGAGCUGGAUGAUGAGGAGGAACCGUUUGUGUUGGAGGACACCUGCGUACUAAGCACAGACAACAUGGAUGCUCACUCCUGUGACACGUCCUCUUUGGCCAGCUCUGACAGUGGAGACCCAGCACACCUCAAACGGAAGAGGAGGACCGUGGAGGUGAAUGCGACGGUUCAUGGGUCGGUUCUUCGACACAGCCUGCUGAAGGGCAUCUCUGCACAGAUCGUCUCUGCUGCUGACAAAGUGGAUGCUGGACUGCCAACUGCUAUAACAGUGUCGGGUGUGAUUGCUGUGGGAACGUCUCACGGUCUGGCUCUGGUCUUUGAUACCAACCAGGCCCUGCGGCUCUGUCUGGGUACCAAGACCACCGGGGCCGAGUUUGGAGCCGUCUCCGCCCUCAGCAUCAACCACGAUUGCUCACGGCUUCUCUGCGGCUUCGCCAAAGGACAGAUUACGAUGUGGGAUCUAGCCAAUGGGAAACUUCUGAGAACUAUCACUGAUGCCCACCCUCCAGGGACAGCUAUACUGCACGUGAAGUUCACGGACGACCCAACCCUUGCAGUGUGCAAUGACAGUGGAGGAUCAGUUUUCGAGCUGGCCUUCAGGAGGGUGAUGGGAAUGCGGUCCUGCGACUCUCGAUGUCUCUUCAGUGGCUCCAAAGGGGAGGUCUGCUGUAUUGAACCGCUGCGUGCUCCUCCGGACUUCAGAGACCAUCCCAUCACACACUACUCUCUGCUGGCUAUGGCCUCGCUCACUAAAAUUCUGGUCAUUGGACUGAAGCCCUCCCUGAAAGUCUGGAUGACUUUUCCCUACAGCAAGUCUGAUCCAUCCAGUGUCCCUCAGCUGGCCUGGCAGUUUGUUCCUGUUCAGAAGACAGUCAACCCAAUCCUGGCUUUCUGCAAAGGGGACACCGUCCACUUCCUCCUGGUUAAGAAGGAGGAGACAGGGACCAUCCAUGUCAUCAAACAGAGACAACUCCACCUCAGCUGUGACAUCAUCAGCCUGAGUUGGAUUAACAGCCGGACGCUGGUCCUGGUAGACAGCCAUGAAAAGCUGCACGUCGUGGACAGGCCCAGCCAGGAGGUUUUGGAGACUUUGGACUUGGAGCAGGUGCAGCUGGUCUAUAACAGCCGACAUUUCAAAUCGCUGGCCACUGGAGGGAAUGUCUCCCAGGCUCUGGUUCAAAGAGAUAUGACACCAGAGGAACUGAACUAUGAAAUAAAGGCUUUAGUCGGAGAAAAGGCCUGCUACCAGUCCGUCUCGAGCUACGGGGGACAGAUUGUCUAUUUAGGCACCAAGUCGGCUCACAUUAUGACUCUGAGGAACUGGAGAGAGCGUAUAGACUGCCUGCUGAAGCAGGAGCAUUUUGUUGAGGCUCUCUCUUUGGCCUGGUCCUUCCAUGAGGGAACUGCUAAAGCUGUGGUUGGCCUCUUUGGAGAUCCAGUAAAAAGGAAGGGAGUGGUCGGUGACAAGAUGGUAGAGAUCCUUUGCCAGUUUGCAGACUACGCUUUGAAGAAGUGUCCAGAACAAGGAAAGAUCCAGGUGAUGGAGCAACAUUUCCACGAUGUGGUUCCAGUCCUGGUGGAUUACUGUCUGCUCCUUCAGAGAGCAGACCUGCUGUUCAACCAGCUGUAUACUCGGCUGGUGGAGAACACAGUUGCUAAGGGUGUUUUCUUGGAGUCGCUGGAGUCGUACAUCGUCGCAGACCGCCUCGGUCACCUCACCACACCCAUCAUGAGGGACCUACUGGCUCAUUACCAUGGCAACGGUAUGAUGGACAGCCUGGAGAGGUGCAUAGUCCAUCUGGAUGUCACCAGCCUGGACAUACAGCAGGUGGUACAUGUGUGUUGGGAGAAUCAGCUCUACGAUGCAAUGAUCUACGUUUUCAACAGCGGCAUGAACGACUACAUCACACCGAUGGAGAAACUCUUUGCAGUGAUUGGACCACCGCUCAGGGAGGGGAGGAGCCUAACAGAUGAGGAAGUGGUGAUGGGAAACAAACUUCUGGUGUACAUAAGCUGCUGUCUUGCAGGAAGAGCAUAUCCACUGGGAGACAUCCCAGAAGACCUUGUGGUUCAAGUCAAGCACCAGGUGUUUGAGUUCCUGAUCCGUCUCCAUUCAGCUGACUCUUCAGAGGAGGAGGAGGUUUUCCCGUUUGUUCGUACACUCCUCCACUUUGACACGCGGGAGUUCCUCAAUGUUCUCGCCAUGACAUUUGAGGACUUUAAGAAUGACAAGCAGGCCCUUGAGUACCAGCAGAGGAUAGUGGACAUCUUACUUCAGGUGAUGGUGGACAACCCGGACUUUACUCCCUCCCAGGUGGGCGGGCUCUUCACCUUUUUGGCUCGACAGCUGGCCAAACCAGACAACACGCUCUUUGUGAACAGGAAGCUCUUUGAUCAGGUGCUGGAGUUCCUGUGCUGUCCAGACGAUGACUCCCGACACACCGAGAGACAGCAGGUCCUGCUGGAGCUGCUGCAGGUCGGGGGUGUGGUGGAGUUUAAUGAAGAAAGGCUGUUGGCUUUGGUAGAGAAGGCCAAGUUCUACCAAAUCUGUGAAUUUCUUUAUGAGAAGAAACAUCUGUAUGACAGGAUCAUUGACUGCUACCUGAGAGACCCUCUGAGAAAGGGGGAGAUCUUCAACUACAUCCACAAUCUGCUGUCCAUGCCUGGCUACAGCCCUGAGGAGAAGCAAACAGUCAAGGACAAAGUGCUGCAGCACACUCAGGAGCUGGUGGCGCUUGAUCCCAGCAAGUCAGCCGAUGUAGUGGUGUUUCACUUCACUGAAGAGGUGCAGCAGAUCAUCUCUGAGCUCGAGGAUGACCGGCUUCUUUUCGAGUUCCUCAGGUGCCUCCUGGAGCCACGGGAAGGUCUUCCUUCGGGGACGGUCCUGCCUCUGGAACGUGACCUCCACGAGCUUCUGCUGGACUUGCUGUGCCGCUUCGCACCCCAGCAGCUCCUGAGCUUCCUCCAGACCUCCCAGCACUACAGACUGGAGGAGGCCAUACAAAUCACAGAGAAGCACCACCACAACGAGGCCACAGCCUACCUGCUGGAGAAGAAGGGGGAUGUCCAUGGAGCGUUUUCUGUCUUGUUGGAGACACUGAAGGAAAAACUGUGUCUCCUUACUGCUGAGGGUGACACAGGAGCUGAAGGAGGAGACGAAAGACAGGACAGAGAGGAGAGAGACAGUGAGCCAACGCUGCCCAGAGUGAAGGACUCACUGAACGACAUCAUCGCCCUGUGUCAUCGAAGCUCUCACAACCUCAACCAGCAACAGAGAGAGGUUCUGUGGUUUCCACUCCUGGAGACCAUGAUGGCUUCUCAGAAACUAGUGAAGGGCCCCAAUGCCAAACACACCUCUGAGGUGCUGAAGGAGCUGACGAUGAAGGUUCUCAACUGCAUGAGCAGCUUUAUUUCUCUGCCUGCCAUCAUCCAGCGAAUACUGCAGGAUCCAGUUUAUGGGAAAGGGAAGCUGGCAGAGAUCCAGGGCCUCAUUCUGGGUAUGCUGGACACUUUUAACUAUGAACAGACUUUACUUGAAACAACCACCAGUCUACUGAACCACGACCUCCACUGGUCCCUAGCUCACCUGCGCGCUGCCGUCACAAGGGGGCUCCACCCGCGACAAGACCACUGCAACAUCUGCCUCCAGCAGUACAAGAGGAGGCAGGACUCCGCUGAGGAGAUCAUAGUGUUCAGCUGUGGACACCUGUACCACUUCCAGUGCCUGCAGCAGAAGGACUGUGGGCGGGGCUUUGCUCCAGAGCCGCAGCAGCGGUGGAGCUGCUACAAGUGUUCCUCCAGCCAAGGAGGGAGGGGCGGGCCUUCCACUGAACCCAAAAGAGGGCGCAGCACGUCCCUGGCACAGACUCGUGUAACGUCAGUACAUCAUGACACGGGAGCAGAGGCUCAUGGGAAGAAGGUGUUUGUCGAGGCCACAUUAGACCUGCAGCAGGAACAGUCCUGGGAUCAGCUACGCUCUUUAUACCGAGGACCGUCCAGGCUGUCCAUCCUCUCCGAACUCUCCCACGGCCACAGCAGUGAGAAGGCGGGCCUUCUAAUCUCAGCCCAAACAGGAACAGAGAACUUCCAGCUCAAGCUCUCUCCUCCACCUCUGUUGGAAGAAUAGCACCACGACUGGCUGAGGAUUCAUUUUCCCCUUCAUUUGUCCAGACUGAGUCCAGUAAGAAUUGGUUCAAAACAGGAGAUCGAGCUUUUCUUCAGAUUUUCCUGUAGAUUUCCACUGCUUUUCUGUUGUCAGACAUUUAAUAUUGUAUAACUGUAAUUUAGCGGUAUCCAAAUGUUUGUUUCAGAUAUUGAUAAUACUGAGUCACUCUGAUAAGGUUUGGCUGUGCUGCCUCACACACAUGAUUUACAGAAGGUGGUCAGAGCUGCACACACUGGUUUAAAAUGACAGAUGACCAGGUUUUAAUUAAACAUUUCUUUUAUUGUAGGAAAAUAUUUAUCAGUUUUCUCAGAUGCAGUUCUCGUCCUGGAGGCAGGUAAAAGUCCAUUCUGCACAGACACAUCUGUCACUGACUGCAUUAGCUUGGGAUUAGAAUGUUGCUCUCUCUGUGCCAAGAUCUGACCUGGUGAAACUACAAUGGUUGAUCAAUGUCUGCAACGUAAACAACACUCCUAGUCUGCAGCAGCCACACCUGCUCCUCUGUGAAGCUGCCCUCAGUGUCUGUACUGAAUGAUGUGAGAGAAAUGCUAACAUCAGCAUGUAAACAGAGACAACGCUAACAUGAUGUUUAUCACAUUCACUGUCUUAUUUUAGCAUGUUAGCAUACAGACAUCUGCUUAUUAGUACUAAACCCAGAUCACAGUUGAUAGGACUGUCAGGAUGUUGUACAGGUGACAGGUUGGUCCUGAGGGAAGGUGAACGUCUGCACCAGCUUGGUGGGGAUAUGAGCUGCCAGUCACCAAGAUGAAACAAAAUUGUUGUCAUGCUGAGAUUGGUUGCUCACGUUCAUUCUCCUGUGCCCUCAUUCAUCAACAUGAAACCUGUUGACAACUGUCAAAUAUAUGUUAGGCCUACAAA